AUGGCGAUGACACAAGACGAACACUGGAUGGAGGCACAGAGAAAGCGCAUCAAGGAAGCGUUUGCUCUCUUCGAUAAAGACAAAAAAGGUAGUGUGGUACAAGAGGAGGUUUCCACCAUCAUGCGAUAUCUCGGCGCGUACCCAUCGGAAAAAGCCAUGACCCAGGAAGUGUUGCCGGACAUGCAAGGAGAUGACGUGACGGCGGCCGUAACAUAUGCUUCUUUCGAGACCAAAAUGCUGGAGAUACUGGCGUCAAGAGCUUGGGAUCCUGAUCCCCCAGAAGUCUUGCUGAGGGCGUUUCGUGCCAUCGACGAAAAAGGCUGCGGUUACAUCGAAACCGCGAAGAUGAACGAACUGCUCGUGAGCAAGGGAACGCCAUUCCGAGCAAAGGAGAUCGAGGCCUUCUUAAGCGUUGCCAAGGACACCGAAACUGGACACAUAUACUUCGAGGAUUAUGUCGCGUCACUGACGACGGAUGGGUGA